AUGACAUUCCAAACGACGGAGAGGAACGAGGACAACAGCAUGGGCAAGCACCACAUGGUACCCUCCGCUGUCAACGAUGAGAUCAAGAAUAUUCAACAAAUCAUCGACUCUCAAGCCGAGAGACUAUGGGAGAUCAACCAAAAGAUUCAUGGCAACCCGGAAUUGGGCUUCAAGGAGUAUUUGGCCCACGAUAACAUCACCCGCAUGCUUGAGGAACUUGGCUUCCAGGUUACUCGUCACGCAUUUAAUCUGGAGACUGCCUUCGUUGCCGAAUAUGGAAAUAGUGGCAGGGUGGUGGCUUUCAACGCCGAAUAUGACGCUCUUCCGGGAAUUGGACACGCCUGUGGCCACAAUCUCAUCGCGAUGAUGUCUAUUGGCGCCUUCUUGGGAGUGGCGGAAAUGAUCAAGCGAAAUGAGAUCUCCGGUCGUGUUCGCCUCGUAGGCACACCUGCAGAGGAGGGCCUUGGAGGCAAGAUCCCCAUCGUUGCUGCUGGGGCCUACGCUGACGUCGAUGCCUGCAUGAUGGUUCACCCUGGGCCAUUCAUGGAGUGUGUCGGCUUCGAGGGCGAUGCAUACAUGCCUACCACGGCGAGCAUCAAAUUUAGUGUUGGGUUCACAGGCAAGACAGCUCAUGCUGCCAUGGCACCAUGGGAAGGUACGAACGCACUUGAUGCCGCCGUGCUGGCAUACAAUGGUAUCGGAGUUCUCCGUCAGCAGAUGCACCCAUCUAACCGAGUGCACUGUGUCAUCUCCGACGGUGGAGACCGCCCGAACGUUAUUCCCGGCUUGGCUGCUAUGGACUGUUAUGUGCGAUCUCCCUCACUGAAGAUGGCGCAAGUGCUCCAAGAGCGGGUGGAAAACUGCUUCAAAGGUGCUGGCCUGCAGACCGGUUGUGACGUGAGUAUCCAGGUGAACAAUACCUACGCUGAUCUUCGACCAAACAAGGCUUUGGCUCGAGGCUACGCGGAUGCGAUGACCAAAAUGGGCUGCCUGGUGAAGUGCGACUUAAACUCAACGGGCGUGGCGGGCUCGACAGAUCAGGGAAAUGUCACAUACGCAUGUCCCGGUAUCCAGGCAUACGUCGGUGUUCCAGCUGGACCGGGUUCGAAUAACCACACUGUCGGCUUUACUGCGGUAGCGGGGCAGAAGGAAUCGCACGAUCUGUGUCUUCAUGCGGCCAAGGGCAUGGCUGUCACUGCUUGGAACGUUUUAACCAAUGAUGACCUUGCAGCACAGAUCAAAAGCGAUUUCGAGGAAGACAGAAUAAAGCGUGAUUCAAUUUGA